GCACUAUAUCGUUCUUUAUAUCCGAUCGAACUAAUUCUAUACACUGGCCUGCACUGUCAUAGUUCCAGUGCAGCUACCAAGAGCAAACCUCUGAAGACGAUAACUUGGUUAUCAAAAUGUGCGUCCGACAGUGUUAUUGUGAGAGCUGGUGUGAUGGCAGUGUAAACAGUGUGCUCAGGCAUGACGUCAUGACUAACGUUCACGACGACCCUUGUCAAGAGGUGGGUCGAAGUGAGCGUUGAAAAAUUAAUGGAAUUUUCAAAACUCAAGUAACGCAAAUUGCAACCAUGAGAAUAUAUUUCAUUAUUUGUUGCGAUAUGGAAUAUUAUAAGUACUUUUGAAUCAUUCUUGUGCAGCUCCACCAAAUAUUUUACUUUAAUGUAAAUCAGUUAAAGCACUGGACUAAAAAAUUCAAUAACUUACAAAUCAUAACAUAAUCUCUUAAAUCUUUCGUUUCGUCAUUAGUUAAUAUUUAUCUCAUCGCUCAAAAUGACUCGUAAGCCAUUCCAUUUACGAUUAUAACGCUCUGGACUAAGUGGAACUGGAAAUAUCGUGGUCGUGAGUGCUUAAUGAAGUGCACUAGGUUGAUAGAUAAUUUAAUAAAAACAUACAAAGCUAUGAACAAUUGAAGCAUUUGUGUGUGCAUGAUUUAUAUUAUUAUAUUUUUUUAAAUACAAUAUGUAAUAUUCCUACAGUCACAGGUCAUAUAAAAUUAUCAAAUCGCAUCUUUAACAAUUUGAAUUAUUAUGACAUUUGACAACUUUGACGUUUGUUGUAUUGAUUGUAAAUUUUUUGGGAAAAGUACUACUUGUUAAUGCGUUUCGUAAUAUAAAUAGUUAUUAUUUUGUUUCAAAAUGGCUUUACACGUUACAUCAAAAAUUAUACGCAGUUUUAGUGUACCCGCAAGACUAUCGUCAGCGGGAUAUCACAAAAAUGUGAUCGAACAUUACGAGAAUCCAAGAAAUGUUGGAUCAUUAGAUAAAAAUGAUAAAAGCGUUGGUACUGGACUUGUAGGAGCCCCAGCUUGUGGUGAUGUUAUGAAAUUGCAAAUUAAAGUGGACGAAAAUGGAAAAAUAGUCGAUGCGAAAUUUAAAACAUUUGGAUGUGGUUCAGCUAUUGCCAGCAGUUCAUUUACCACUGAAUGGGUAAAAGGUAAAACUGUGGAUCAAUGCCUCAAACUCAAAAAUACGGAAAUAGCAAAAGAGCUAUCAUUACCUCCGGUUAAAUUACAUUGUUCCAUGUUGGCAGAAGAUGCUAUCAAGGCUGCAUUGUCAGACUACAAGAUAAAAAACCAGAAAUAGAUUACUUUGAGGAAAGAAUGAAAUUGAAAUGUGAUAAUUUGGUACUAGUUGGAUUAUAAUUGUUAAAUAAUAAAGUAAUAAUAUCAAUUACAAUGUUUUUUAGCUUGUUUGCAAGUUUUUAAAUCCAUUUUGAUAGUCAUAACCAAAUAAUGAUUAUAUGAGAUUUUAAAUUUAAAAUGUUGAAUUUUUUACAUUUUUUCAUCACUUACGUAAUGUUGAUUUUAAAAGUUUAAUUUUCUUAUCUCAAACAACUUCUUUAAUGUAAAUCUUGAAUAAUGUAUGUUCCUUUAUCUGUAGAAUGUUGAUUUUAUUUGGCUGAAUAUAAAAUUUGCCAAUCAUUUUAAUAUCAGAAUUAUAGAUCCUAGUUGAAUAGAACCUAUGAUUGCCUAAUAGAAAUAAGAAACUAUUACUUGUUCAAUAAUAUAUUUAAUGCAAAUAAUAUACAAAAUGAAU